GCUCUGGUGCAGUCAUGGCCUUUUUGGGUAUCCCCUAUGCAGAACCCCCCUUGGGGAAAUUACGUUUCCAAAAGCCAGUUCCUCAUCAGCCAUGGAGCCAUGUCUUAGAGACCACAGGAUUUGGAAAUUCCUGUCCACAGAUCGUUCUUUUGGCUUUCCUGAUGCUGAAACAUGGGCCGUCAACACGCCACGCGCAGAGGACUGUCUCUUCCUUAAUGUCUGGGUGCCCCACCCCCAGCCCUCCAAUCCAGCUGCUGUCCUUGUCUGGAUCCAUGGAGGGGGAUUUUCUUCUGGCACAGCCUCCCUGAUCGCAUACAAUGGUGCAUUCUUAACAGCUACUGAGAAUGUCAUUGUUGUCUCCAUGAAUUACCGCCUGGGGUCUUUAGGCUUCCUUUCGUUACCACCAGCUGCCCCAGGGAACAUGGGCCUCUUGGACCAACAGUUGGCACUGAGGUGGGUGAGGAAAAGCGCCACUGCCUUUGGGGGAGACCCAGCUCAGAUAACACUUUUUGGGCAGAGUGCUGGAGGAGGAGCUGUCGGUUUCCACCUCCUCUCGCCAGGGAGCCAGCCUCUCUUUGAUCGUGCUGUGCUACAGAGUGGAACGCCCAUUGCGUCCUGGGCAUGGGUGAAUCCUGAGGAAGCCAAGAGGAGAGCCCUGACUCUGGCACAACGGAUGGGCUGUAUUGAAGAUGAGGACAGUGCUGUGGUGCGUUGCUUGCAAGGGAAGGACAUGGAAGAGUUCCAAAAGCACGAGUUCUCUGUUGUGGAUCCCCAGGUAAUGCUGAAUCUUCCCUUCAUACCAACAACAGAUGGAGACUUCCUCAAUGACGAGCCACAGAAGCUUCUGGAGUCUGGACACUUCCAGGCUAAACCUAUUAUGAUUGGUGCCACCUCUGAUGAAGGAUCUGCCUUUCUCUUGUAUGGAGGUCCUUUCACGGAAAUGUCCAACAACAGCCUUUUAACCUGGGAGCAGCUGUUGGAGGGGUUAAGGAAGGGUGUGCGCAAUGCAACGGAUGACCUCAUCCAAGCUAUAGCUGUGAGGUACAGUCAAGCGGAACCUGAAGGCCCAGCCCAGUACCGUUCGGCCUUGUCACAAGCCUGGGGUGACUACUACUUUGUAUGUCCAUUAGCUGAAGUUGCCACAAUGAUGAUGAAGGCCGGGAGCCCUGUGUAUGUUUAUACUUUUACCCACCGCAGCACUGGUUCGGUUUGGCCUGAAUGGACGGGGUCAGUCCAUGGAUGCGAAAUCCCAUACCUUUUUGGAACAUUGACAUUACUGAAAGGAACUGAUGAAAUUCACACAGAGGCGGAGUUAGCACUCAUCCCCCGGGUAAUGCGGUACUGGGCAGAGUUUGCCAGAAGUGGCAAUCCCACCUCUUCGGUCGUCAGUGAAACGAAAUGGCCUCACUACAACCCUGCAGAGCAGAAUUUCUUCCGUAUCAGCACAGAGCCACCCCAUGUCAUGGAGCCGUCGCCUGCUCAGCACUGUGGUUUCUGGAAGACACUUUUAUCGGAGGCAUCAAAACCAAACAGACCCCAAGACGACCCUGUGCAAUCCAGACAAGAAGGCAACAAGAAGCAGGAACUGUAAAUUAAGAGAGAGGUGUUGCUCAGAAAAACCAGUGGAGACAUUCCCAAAAAGUCAUGGGCGGCAGCCAGAAAGAAAUGCUGGAGAACUUCCACUGCAGAAUUGUGAAGAGUCAUUUCCCAGACAGGACUGCUGUUGCCUGAUAAAGAGCUGCCUGAACACUAUCGCUGUUUCUCUGAGGGCCCUUCACUCUGCCAGCUGAUAGCCUCUAUUUUGAAAGUGCUUUUCCAGCUUCCUGUUGCUGGCUCUACAUGAUGGAGGCAAAGGACGUUGACGUACUUUGGAAUUUCACAAGAAAACUGCUGAAAAUCCAUUCCACUGUCGUGGGAAAGCUGAGUGUGUUGGAUUAGGGCUGGGAGUGGUGAACAGAUUUCAGUUCACCACAAAGCCAUGACAUUCAUUGUGUGAACUUCAGUUCCCCCCCACCCCUCUGACUUUGCUUAACUUACUUCAUUGAGUUGUUUUGAGGAUUAGAUGUGGGUGAGAACCAUGUACAUCAUCUCGAGUGCCUUAGAGGAAGGACAAGAUAUAGGUAAGAUAAAUAAAAGUAAUAUU